AUGUAUCAAUCUGUAUACUAUUAUACACAUCAAGUACAAUUUUCUGAAAUUCCAGUAUCAGAUGAUGAUUCAUUUGAACCUUUUUUUGAUAAAGUAGAAGAUUCUGCCAAAUUUCUUAUUGAAGCUGAUGAGGAUUGGAAGCUUGACUUGAAGUUUUUGAUUUCAAUGAAUACUUAUGCACUUGUUUUAUGCUUAUCACUCAUGCGUUGGUAUAAGGAUAAAUAUAUCAAUUUAAGCAAUACCUGUUCUAGUAAGACAAUUAUAAGUAAUGGCCAAAAUGAUCAAAAUGGCGAAGCCAAAAAGGCAAUUCAAUUUGCAAUUCAAGAUGAUAAUGAAGAACUGAUUCAGUUUAUCAAGAAUUUUAAUAAAAGAAAAAAAGCUCAACUAAUUCAAGCAGAAUCGAUUAA